AUGACCGAGUUUUCGAACGGUAAAGGAGUUGGCGCUGGACUCGGCUUAGGAGUAGGCAUAGGAUCUGGUUCUGGAUCACCAAGCGCACCCAGCUCGUCUGCACCAAGCGCACCCAGCUCGUCUGCACCAAGCGCACCAAGUUCAUCAGCACCAAGUGCACCAAGCUCAUCUGCCCCAAACGCACCAAGCUCUCCCGCACCAAGUGCACCUAGCUCGUCUGCCCCAAGCGCUCCAAGCUCGUCUGCCCCAAGCGCACCAAGUUCUUCCGCACCAAGUGCACCCAGCUCGUCUGCACCAAGUGCCCCUAGCUCUGCACAACCAUCCAGCACUAGCAGUCCUUCUUCAAGCGGAAAACCUACGACUUGCAAACCAACUCAGAAACCAUCCCCACCACCUACUAAACCAACUUCCAAGCCAACCCAGCCACCUACCAAACAUACUCAAAAGCCAACUAAACCACCAACUAGACCAACUCCCAAGCCAACUCAUCCACCUACUAAACCAACCCCUAAGCCAACUCAUCCAUCUACUAAACCAACCCCUAAGCCAACUCAUCCAUCUACCAAACCAACUCAUCCUUCCACUAAACCAAAUCAUCCCCCCACUAAACCAACUCAACCUCCUACCAAACAGACUCAACCACCAACUAAACCAACUCAACCUCCUACCAAACAGACUCAACCACCAACUAAACCAACUCAACCUCCUACCAGAGCAACUCAACCACCAACUAAACCAACCCGACCACCUACCUAUCCCACCGCUACUACCUGUUCUUCCACUUCUGCCCAACCAAGUAAACCAUCUGGUGGCGUAGGAUCUGGCUCUAAUUCACCAAGCAGCUCUGCCGCACCAACUUCUCCAGCAGCAACAACAUCAACCCCUUACACCAUUGUUAUACCUUCUGGUAGAAAAUGCGUCUGUUACAACUACUAA